GAGCACAACAAAUGCAUUUUCUCAAUGUAAUGCCAAAUCCAAUGCCAAAUCCAGCUAUCAAGACGGAACCAAGAGACACAUCACCACUAUCCUAUGUGUUCGGCAACGUAUACAGGUUGCCUGACCAAACGCCAUCUCCACAGCCAGUGUCUCCACCAAAUCCAUACAAUCACAACACAAGUGGCACUCCAUCGCCAUACCAUAUGGGUGGUGGCAAUGGCAAUGGAAAUAUCAACAUGAUGUCACCCAAUCAUCCCUACUAUGGUCCUGGUACCGGAGGAGGACCAGGCGUUGUUAAUGGUUCUCCAAUCGACUUCGAUAUCUACCAACAACAACAGCAACAACAGCAGCAGCAGCAACAACAUCCCGGCACUAUGAACCAAUAUAGUAUGUACAGUCCAUCUUCCCAACCAGCCGCAGCCCAACAAUGGCCAGGUCCCUCGCACUUUAAGCAACCCAUGCCGAAUAAUAUCAAUAAUCUCAUCAAUUUCAACGUGAAUAAUCCUCUAACAGAGUCGGCAGGGCCGUCAUCUUCAGCCGCAUCAGCCUCAGCCACAGCCUCAUCCGCUCAGCUCAACCCCAAUAACAAUGGUCUGCAUUGGAAUGAUCCAACGCCAAUAUCAAUAUCCAACAAUAGCUUCAAAAUCGAACAUAUGCUGGCUAAUACUCAGCACAAUCACCAUCACCAACAGCAACAGCAAAAUCACAAUCAGGGCACUGGCGCUGCAGCGGGUUCAACUUCAGCCUCAACAAAUAAUAAUGAAGCACCCAGUGUCAUUAGUCUUCUCAAUAUCGAUAGUGACCAGUUAAUGGAAUUUAACUCAGCGGAACUUACGAAUUUGUCCUUAUCGUAACGUAAUAUGAAAAUUAUCAAUUUUUUAAUCUACAAAAUGUUUUAAAAUGGCGUAAUAAUAAAUAGUUC